AUGGGCGCCGCUCACCGAAUACUGCCAUGUAUCGCCAGCAGCGGGCUGCUCGACCGUCGACGUGAUACCCUUGCUCAUCGCAGUGGAAGCGCCGUCGUGAGUUCGUACCGUUGUCGGCGAUCAGCGGACGACGAUCGUUUAGCGCUACAGAUUCCUAGUUGCACGCGUGGCAAAUCACAUUGUUCGAUUUCCCUUAAUUCGGCUCUCUUCAUAGAGUACUGUUCUGCUAGACAACGGCGACGAGCGAGUACCCUAACGUUUGGACGGAAACAGUGCGAUUCUUACCUCAAGCAGGUGCCAGACGUAGCAUUCGAAGGACAAACCCAACGCAAAUGCUGGACUGAUGCUCUGCUUCUACGUGGCACCUCAGUUCCAUCCGCUCUUCUUGAUAAAGCAAAGGAGACGCGAACAGAUGUCGGAUGUAGCAUGAGGUCCACGUCUUCGUACUGGCUGAAACAACUCACACAUCUCUUCGCCACCUACAUCUCUAAAGCAGCCCAUUCGAAGCAGCCGGUAAACGUUCAUUUAUUUCUUCUGGAAGUACAUGCUUAA